CACAAGCCCACCUCUCUCUAGAAAUCCCUCCCCCUUCUCUCUAAAAUCACUUCUCUGCUAAAAUUUCACCCAACUCUAAAUCUCUCUAAUCAAAAUGUGAAUCUUAUUUAUCAGAAAUACAAAAAACAAAACCUGCACAGAAAGACUCAUUUGAGGCCUAUUUGGUGUUGUUGUUGUUGAUUUUCAGUCUUGACAGAACUCGACUAUCUUAGUUUGGGAAAUGAAAGGAACUGGACGAGAAAAAAGUGGGAGAGGCGAGACAAGCUGUGGUCGUGAAAGUUUUCAAAGACGUGGCAAUUUGGAAGCAAGGAAAAAGUGGGCAGUGUUGCAUCCACGCUACUGGUUUUAUUUAGUGAAUAUACCUGUCCAGCAUCUUUGUAUCUGCAUUAUCCAUAUGUAGAAAAUACACUGCCCAGAUAACCAUUGAAUCAUGAAUUCAAAUGUACCUACCCAGAAUUUUGAGGUUCUGGGCUGCCUGUUGUUAUCCCACACUGCCCAUGAUAGGCAGUGAUGUCCUUGUUUGGGUUGUGCCCUUGUUAAACUUGUCAUUCCAUGGGAUUCUUUUUGGAAUAAUGUACCAGUGUAGUACAUUGCAGAGAUGUUCCAGAAAAAGCUCCCAAUGCUCUCUAUGUAUUUUCUAGUUCCAUCAAAGCUGCCCCAGUAAUAACCUGUUGUACCUUCCAUCUUUGAACGAACUUGCUGCUCUGUCUUCAAAAUUUCUUGGCUUUUUGUUGUUUAUUUAUGUGGUUAAGAUAUCGAAUAUAAUAUUACAUUUAUUGUCAGGAUAAAUUUGAAGUUUACAGCGGGCUGCAAGAGCAUAGGUUUCAAGCCUUUGUAAUUAGCACUAUGCAAAGACUUUUUAGAGCAUGGAAAGCUCGACUCAGCAGGCUGUACUCUAAGUACAAUACUAAUGAAGAAAGAUUGUCUCAUCGACCUGAAGAUGUUGAGCUUGAGGACUGGAAAUACCUAAUACAAUAUUUUGGAAGUCAGGAUUUUAAGGUUGUAAGUGAGAGGAACAAAAGAAAUAGAGAAAAGCAAAUAACUAAGCAUACUUGUGGUACAAGGUCUUUUGCAGAAGUAGAGGAAUCUAUGAGAAAUCCUAUUACUGGAGAAAUAGACACAGCAGAUAAAGUUUGGGAGAUCCAACAUACACGCAAGGAUGAUAGAGGAGAACUGGUGUGGGUGGAUUCACAAUCCCAACAAAUUCAUGGUCAACUCCAAGAAGUUGUCGCUCAGCAACAAUCUGAAGAGAUCGAGCAUCCUAUGACUAGAGAUGAGAUUUUAUCCACCGUUCUUGGUGAGAGAACAUGAUAUGUUCGCGGAAAAGGAUACGGAAAGAAGCCUCCUAAAAAGAGUAACAUGCAACUGGCAAACAUAGAGUCCAGUGUGUCUUCCGCUAUGAAAAUUGUACGUCAAGAGAUGCAAGCCGAGAUGGAUAGGAAGUUGCAAGAAGAACGUGAACAAAUGGCUGCUCAGUUGCAAAGAAAUAUGGAACUUGAGUUGCAAAGGAAGUUGGCAGAGGAGCGUGAACACGCAAAUACAGAAGUAGACAAGAGGAUCCAUCUAGAAGUGGACAAGAGGAUGCAUGAACAAUUUGCUAGUUUCAUGACCAGAAUGCAACAACAACAACAACAAUAGUUGUGUGGGCUGCUUCAGGGGCUGCUGCUGCUGCUGAAAUCUGGAUUUUUGCAAACCUUAGUUGUACCGUAGCUGCUUCAGGGGUUGUUGCUGCUGAAAUCUAGAUUUUGCAAACCGUGGUUGUACCGUAGCUGUUUUUUGCAAACCGUGGUUGUACCGUAGCUGUUUUUUGCAAACCUUAGUUGUGUGGGCUGCUGCUGCUGUUUAGUUAGUACUUCUAUGGUUUCUCCUAGUGUUGAUUCAUGACAAUUUAUACUAGUUAAUGAGUGGCCUUGUUGUUGAUCCCAUGUUGGAUGAUCAAAUAUUCCCUCUUAUAUAUAACUUAAGUAGAAAGAUCCCAUGUUUUAUUA